AGCAGAGGAUGCCUCCCCCAUUCAAUGAGUAGGCAGAGCUUGCAGCUAUGUUUUAGGACAGCGCGUCUUCCGCAACCCACUGAAACCUCCUCCGCCGCCGCGAGCGGGGCCAAAUGGAACACGCAGCUGCGACAACUCUCUAAGAAUGGGCAAUACAAACAUGCUCUGCUUCUCUACCGCCAAAUGCUCUGCUCCGGUGCCACCCCCAACGCCUUCACCUUCCCCUUCAUCCUCAAGUCCUCUGCUUCCCUCUCCUUCCAUCUCACCGGAAAACAGCUCCACUGCCACGUCGUCAAAUCCGGCUGCCUUCUUGAACCCUUCGUCCAAACGGCUCUCAUUUCCAUGUACAGUAAGUUCCGCUUGCUUCAUAAUGCGCGCAAGGUGUUCGACGAAAUUCCUGACUCAGCCAGACUAACUGUUUGCUACAAUGCUUUAAUGUCUGGAUUCAUUCAGAAAAGUCUCUCACAUGCUUUGCUUCUCCUCCUCGAGAUGAGGGCUGAAUGCGUGCCGUUGAACACUGUCACCAUCUUGGGGCUUGUCCCCGGUUGCACGAUUCCUCCGCACUUGAAUCUCGGGAGCUCAUUGCAUUGCUUGGUUAUGAAAUUAGGUUUCACCUCACAUCACGAUGUUGCAAAUUGCUUCUUGUCUAUGUACUCGCGUUGUGAGUCGAUCGAGUCUUCAAGGAGGCUGUUUGAUGAAAUUCCUGAGAGGAGUUUGAUCACUUGGAACGCCAUGAUAUCCGGUUACUCGCAGAAUGGACUUUGUGCCGAGGUGUUGGAUCUUUUCCGUGAUAUGCAGUGCUCUGGGGUCCCCCCCGAUGAGGUGACUCUUGUUGGCGUACUAUCGUCCUGUGCCAACCUUGGCGAGCAGAGAAUUGGCCUUGAGGUGGAAGAGAUGAUAAAAGUUCGUGGAUUUGAAUCUAAUCCAUUUCUGAGGAAUUCGUUGAUCAGCAUGUAUGCUAGGUGCGGUAAUCUGGUGAGGGCGCGUACGAAUUUUGACGCCAUGGCUGAUAAGACUCUGGUGUCGUGGACGGCUAUCAUAGGUGGGUAUGGAAUGCAUGGACAAGGAGAGGUUGCUGUGGAGCUCUUUGAUCAGAUGAUCAAGGAAGGCAAUCGGCCAGAUAAGACCGUCUUUGUCUGCGUUCUGACCGCGUGCAGUCAUGCUGGGCUGACAGAGAAGGGGUUGGGUUAUUUCUACUCGAUGCAGGAGGUUUACAGAUUGAGUCCUCUUUCAGUGCACUACUCAUGCGUGGUGGAUCUUUUGGGUCGAGCGGGUCGGUUGGGAGAAGCGCUAAACCUCAUUGAGUCGAUGCCACUGCAGCCAGAUGGUCCGGUAUGGGGAGCCCUACUUGGUGCUUGCAAGAUUCAUAAGAAUGUUGAGUUGGCGGAGUUGGCCUUCAACAAGGUUGUUGAGCUUGAGCCUACGAAUAUCGGUUACUAUGUUUUGCAAUCGAAUAUUUACUCGGAAGCGGGUGACAUGGAAGGCGUGGCGAGGGUUCGAGUGAUGAUGAGAGAAAGAGGGCUGAAGAAGGAUCCUGGUUAUAGCUAUGUUGAGUACAAAGGGGAGAAUCAUCUGUUUGUGGCGGGUGACAAACGUCACCCACAAUCGAAAGAGAUCUACAAUAUGUUGAAGAGGUUGGAGAAUCUAGCAAAGCAAGGCGAUGAAGGGGAGAAUUCGGGUGUGCAUAGCGAGAGGCUAGCGAUAGCGUUUGCACUUUUGAACAUGAGUUCAACAAAGGAAAUUCUUGUUAUUAAGAACUUGAGGAUAUGUGGAGAUUGUCACAGGUUUGUAAAAGCAGUUAGCAAAUUUGUAGAUUGCCGAUUUAUAAUUAGAGAUGCAACGCGGUUCCACCAUUUUCAUGGUGGCUCUUGCUCUUGUAAAGACUAUUGGUGAAGUUCUGCUAUUCACAACA